GAAGAAGGGAAACCCGUGGACUUGCGAAAUCUUCACCAGGAUCGGCCUUGCCCGAUGCGGUAAAAGCCUCGGCUUAUCGGCGUGGCAUUUGGGCAAUUCUAAUCCCCUCCCCUUGAUUGGCAUCGGCGACUUCUUAUAAGAUCCCUCGACGGAGACCUUCCCCGCAUUUAGUCUGGAGCUUUGGUUUACUCUGCAGAACUUUGCUUUUUUUCUGUUGUUUGAGCAGGACCUCACUACUAGCCCUUCCCGACCGACCAUGUCGAAAAGCUUCACUCGCGCCGAGGUUGCGCAGCACAACACCGAGGACUCCGUCUGGUGCAUCAUCGACCACCGCGUUUACGAUCUGACCGAUUUCAUUGACGCGCACCCCGGUGGCAGUGUGGUUCUGAACCAAAUCGCAGGCACCGAUGCGACGGUCGAUUUCUACAACCUUCACCGACAUGAAGUGCUCGAGAAGUACAAGGACCUCUGCAUCGGAACGAUAACCGGCGAGACCCCCGAGGUUGUCACCCCAGAGCCUGGCAGUCUUAGCCAGGUCCCCUACGCCGAGCCUCUGUGGCUCCGCCCGCAGUUCAAGAGCCCAUACUUCAAUGACAGUCAUCGUCGACUUCAGAAGGCUCUUCGAGAGUUCACGGAUCGCUAUAUUACCCCAGAGGCGCAGGAGAAGGAGAAGGACGGUACCUAUAUCAGUCAGGAGUUGAUCGAUCGCAUGGCGGAGGCUGGGGUGCUGGCGAUGCGUUUGGGUCCUGGAAAGCACUUGCAUGGGCGGAAGCUGCUGGGUGGGGUCAUUGACGGAAAGGAGUUCGAUUACCUCCAUGACAUGGUGCUAUCGCAGGAGUUGGUGAGAGCUAAUGCUCGAGGCUUCCAGGAUGGAAACAUGGCCGGCAUGUGUAUCAGCUUGACUGCCGUUCAGCAGUGGCUUCGUAAUGAGCCCCUUCGGCAAAAGGUCACCGAGGAAGUUCUGUCUGGAAAGAAGAAGAUGUGUCUGGCGGUUACAGAGGCAUUUGCUGGCAGUGAUGUAGCCGGUCUUCGCACAACAGCUAAGAAGACCCCUGAUGGCAAGCAUUACAUCGUCAAUGGAACCAAGAAAUGGAUCACCAACGGUAUGUUCUGUGACUACUUCGUCACCGGCUGCCGCACAGAGAAGGGUUUCUCGGUGCUUUUGAUUCCCCGUGGCGAAGGGGUCGAAACCAAGCAGAUCAAGACAUCCUACUCGACAGCAGCUGCUACUGCGUUUGUCCAGUUUGAGAAUGUCAAGGUCCCUGUGGAGAACCUGCUUGGUGAAGAGGACAAAGGUUUCAUCGUUAUCAUGAGCAACUUCAACCAUGAGCGGUUUAUGAUGGUUUGCAGUGUGGUCCGCAUGUGCGUGACCGUUGUGGAGGAAUGCUUGAAGUGGUGCAACCAACGCAUUGUCUUUGGCAAGAAACUGAUUGAGCAGCCCGUUAUGCGACAGAAGCUCGCCCGAAUGAUCGCACUUUGCGAAUCCAACCAGGCCUGGCUGGAAUCUAUCGCGUACCAAAUGUGCCACAUGACCUAUGCCCAGCAAUCGGCUAACCUGGGCGGCCCCAUUGCUCUGCUCAAGUCUCACGCCACCCGCUCGGCACAGGAGAUUGCUGACCAGGCCACCAACAUAUUCGGUGGCCGCGGUUUGACCCAAAGCGGCAUGGGCAAAUUCAUUGAGAUGUUCCACCGGACGUACAAGUUCGACGCUAUCUUGGGUGGCACGGAGGAGAUCUUGGCCGACCUGGGAGUCCGCCAGGCGAUGAAGAAGUUCCCCAAGGCGAUGCUGUAGUGCGCGACGUUGAUACUACCUUCUUGACCAUGACCUUGCUUUCUCAUGUGCUGGCCCUGCAGGACAGGGUACCGUCUUCGAAUCUUAGUUGAAUUAUAGCGAAUAUAGGAGUCUGUCAGCUGACCGACUUGAAGU